AUGUCGAAAUCGCUUCCCAGCAGCGGCGGGCUGGCUUCGGGCAGGGCCGGCAUGGAGCAGCUCCUGAAGCAGGUGCUGGGGCCCCUGGAGAAGAAGGGCGAGCGGGAGCUGCAGCGCUUCAGCAAGAGGCUGCAGAAGUGUCUGGUGAGGGAGGGGGAGAAGCUCAUCGCCCAGGACACGCCGGAGGGAGGGGCGGAGCCGGCCGCGGGUAUUAACGACCGCGGGGACAGCGCCGAGCACGACGGGCAGGAGGUGGCCGUGAAGGUGCUGACAGACCCGGACCGCAUCAGAGACCUGGCAGAGGCACUCGGCACAGACGUGCCCCCUGUGCAGAGCGAGCCCCUUCCUGCCGGUGCCACAGCCGGAGCAGCAGAGUCCCCUCCCAUAGUGAUUCCUGACUCUGAGCAGCUGGAAAUUCUCCCUUUGGACAAUGCAGAGAGACACACAGUUGUUCUGCGGAGCCCGGAGGUAUCAGAAAUAUUCCAGUCUCAGCCGCUGGUGGAGGGCAGCCACGUGGCCUUCAGCUGCUUUGUCGCAGGGUACUUCCCCCAGGAGCUAACUGUGACCUGGCUCAGGAGGGAGAGUGGAGACAGUGUGGCCACACCCAUCGAGGACUCCGCUGAUUACGCCAUCAUCCACAAGGAGACCUGCGCCAAAGACAGGGAGACCUACCAGCAGAUGGUGACGCUGUCCUUCACCCCAUCGGCACAGAGAGACCAAGGGGCAGAGUUCAUCUGCCAGGUGGGACAUGUGGCCCUGCAGACCCCCAUUGAGAGGAGCACCGGGACGCUGGAGGUCAAAGGUGUAGCUACCCCCGAUGCCAAGGAAGUUGCCCCCAACACCAGGGAAGUUACUCCUGUUUUCAAAGAAGUUACCCCCAACAUGAGGGAAGUUACUCCUGUUUUCAAAGAAGUUGCCCCUGUCUCCAGGAAAGUUACUCCUAUUUUCAAAGAAGUUGCCCCUGUCUCCAGGAAAGUUACUGCUGUUUCCAAAGAAGUUACCCCUGACUCCAGGGAAUUUAAGCCCAUUUCCAGGGAAGACAGAGGAAGCACAGCUGGUAGAAAAGAGACACACUUUGUGGACCGGCACCGAGAACAGCUCAUCCAGCGAGUAACUCUGGUCGAGGGCGUCCUGGAUAAGCUGCUGGGUGACGUGUUGGACACUGAGCAAUACCUGACCAUUACAGCCGAGAGAACCAACCCAAUGAAAAUGCGGAAGCUGUAUGAGUUCAUGGUGAGCUGGAACAAGUAUUGCAAGGACCAGCUCUACGAGGCGCUGAAGGACAAGUGCAAGUUCCUUGUUGCAGAUCUGGAAGGGGAAUGAAGGCAAUGAACACCCCCCCUCCACCACCACCCCCCACACACAGUGCCUUUCCCUUUGCUUCCAGUGUCUGUUCCAGGGAGGAAAACCAAUUUCUGGGUCUUCCCCAUGUUUCCAAAGAUGUCACAACUGGUUAAGACGAGGGCUGCGUGAAAACUUCCCCUUGAAAUUAUUUUUCAAUGUAAAAUCAGGUUUUUAACAAGAUAAAAUAUCUACUUUCUGAGGGGAAAAAAAUUAUUGUUGAAAAAACAAACACCCAAACCAAAAAUAUUUCAGCCCAAACCUGAAAUAUUUCAAUUUGGGUAUAACUUAUGGGAGUUGUAGUUCACUUGCCUCAUCCUCAUUCUCAUCUAUGGACCAGGGCCCUCAGUUGGACUACAUUUCCCAUGAUGCACCAUGGCCAGGGAUUCCCAUGAUGCAACUGCCUCCUCACCAAAAGGAGAGACAUGAUGGAGGCCAGACUACAGUGGAGAAUGGGGUC